CGGACACCAUAUAUAUUCUCUCUCAUUUGUCGUCUGUCCUGAACCGAAAAAAAGUAGCCCUAAAAAAAGAAGAAGAAAAAAGGGCAGCCUCUUUCAAAAUCAAUCUCUUUUUGGUAACGAUCGACGAUCUGUUUAACAGGAAUCGAAUUCUCAAAGAAGUUGUGAACGUUGUUCAUUUUGCUGCUGUGGUGGAGGAGCUCUGGAUACUUUAGUCUUGUCUUGAUAUUUUUGAAGUAUCAACAUGCCAAAGGAUAGAAGAGAUCGUUCCAUAUCUUUUGAUAGGUGCAGGGCAUCUCCUUAUACAUGCAACUCCAGCUGUUCAAGACGUUCAUCACCUAAACUCCCUUCAGAAACUGAGGAGAAUCUGAAGGAAUGGGAAGAAGCCAGGUGCUCUGUAUGCAUGGAACAUCCACACAAUGCUGUUCUCCUUAUUUGUUCCUCACAUGAGAAGGGUUGCCGUCCAUACAUGUGUGAUACAAGCUAUCGUCAUUCUAAUUGUCUUGAUCAGUUUUGCAAGUCAUUUGCAGAAACAACUUCAUCAACUCCACAAUCACAAGAGAGUAGUCUCGCAACCAUGAAUUCUUCUGAAGUUGUCAGCUCAGCAUCAACAGUUACAGUUCCACCGGAAGAUCGAUUUGAGGAAGGAUCCUUACCCACCGAAACCAUUUCUUGUGAGAACAAGGCGCAUCCAAAGCUAGUGUGCCCCCUCUGUCGGGGGCAGAUAAAAGACUGGCUUGUCAUGGAACCCGCACGAAGUUUCAUGAAUGCGAAAUCAAGGAGCUGUGCCUGCGAGACUUGCAAUUUUACUGGCACGUAUUCAGAUCUAAGGAAACAUGCUAGGCUUGAACACCCACUUGUUCGUCCAUCAGAGGCUGAUCCAGAGCGGCAACGUGAUUGGAGGAGGCUGGAGCGUCAGAGGGACUUUGGAGACAUGCUCAGCACACUCCAAUCUUCAUUUGGAGAAGAGAGGGGUGACAACAUUUUGCCUAUAGAUGAUGGUGGUUGGCUCACUGUAUUCUUUCUUAUAAGAGUUUUUAGACCUGGAUCUAGUUCAAGGAGUAGUAGCUGGUCUGGUGCCUCAAGAGUAGCACAGCUAGGUUUCAGAAGGCGAGCCAUCCGGCAUUGGGGGGAGAAUCAUGAAGGUGAAACUGGAUCUUCUUCCAGAGAAGAUGACAAUGAUUCUUCAGACGGUGGGUCAGGCCCUCGGAGGCGCAGGGAGCGCAACCGCCAAAGAACAACGCCAGACCAGUUGUGAUUGUGGAACUCUGUGAUUUAUUUUAUUUUAUUUUAUUGUUUCCAGGAGGUGCUACCACUUGUUGCAGGUGGAAUAGAAUGAACCGAGGUUCUUUGGCAAGCACUAGAUGAAGUUCCACGAAGUAUCAGAUGGUUUCUCAUAGAAGUUGCUUGAUUGUUUAUCCUCAAGAGUGAGCAAAUUGUAACUUUAUGAAAAGAUACUAUUAAUUAAAUAAUUUAUAUCCUUGGCAUUUGUUGUUGGGUGGGUUCUGUCAAAUAUUCACUCUUUCAACUACAAGAAAGUAGGAAAUAAAUUUGCUGGUUGUUGCCUUUGGAAGGCUGUUGUUUCUCUCAACUGUUUUACAGCAGUUCAGCUGUAAUGUUUUAUUUGUCGGAAGAGAAUUGGUAAACUGUUGAUUAUUUGACGCCUGAAAGAAGGUUUGUCGGUAGCGAUUUGUUACUGUUGUUUUGGAUGGAAUAGAGUUUGAAAAGAUAGAGAUAUGUAUAAAGAAGGCAAGUUUCUAAUA